AUGCAGACAAUUAAGUGUGUAGUAGUGGGUGAUGGUGCUGUUGGUAAAACCUGCCUGCUUAUAAGUUAUACAACAAACAAGUUCCCUUCAGAAUAUGUGCCCACUGUCUUUGAUAACUAUGCUGUCACUGUUAUGAUUGGAGGAGAACCUUACACUUUAGGUCUCUUUGAUACUGCCGGCCAAGAAGAUUAUGACAGGCUGAGACCUUUGAGUUAUCCUCAAACUGAUGUUUUCCUUGUGUGCUUCAGUGUGGUGAGCCCUAGUUCAUUUGAAAAUGUUAAAGAAAAGUGGGUGCCCGAAAUAACUCACCAUCAACAAAAGACACCAUUCCUUUUAGUGGGAACACAGAUAGAUUUGCGAGAUGAUCCAGCAACGAUGGAGAAAUUAGCUAAGAUAAAACAAAAACCGGUAUCCUUAGAACAAGGGGAGAAGCUUGCAAAAGAACUGAAAGCUGUGAAAUAUGUUGAGUGCUCAGCUCUUACACAGAAAGGACUGAAAAACGUAUUUGACGAGGCAAUAUUGGCAGCGUUGGAACCUCCAGAACCUGUCAAGAAAAGGAAAUGUGUACUGUUGUAGAUGUAGCGAGCUAUGCGCCAUAAGCGACGCGCCUCACUCGCACAGCACUUGUAUGGAUCAUACAGGUCUUGUGUAACUAACAUCUGUAAUAUUGAACUUAUUUUUAUAAAACUUAUAAUUACUGGUUAUAUCGAUUAUUAUGCCAUAAUAAAAAUAAUGAAUAUUACAGCUAUCUAGGGAAGUGACUCUUACGCUACAAUGUAUCUAUGCAGGCCUUUGCAGGUUUUCCCAUGAUUUUUAAAAUGAUAACUAGCAGCGACUGUAUAAUGUAUUCAUAUAUUUGAUAUAAUUUAAUUAUUAUUUAAUUAUUAAGUCAUUAUUCGUACCUACCAUUGAAUGUAUUUAAUGAAUCCCUUAAUUAAAUGGAACUGAAAUAAUAUUUUAAUCGUUGUUUAUUGUAAUAUGGAAUUGCCUAUGCAAUAUUUGCUGGAAUCAAUGAAGCAACGUUAUGCACAAUAUUUACUAUGCACAGUGCGAUUACCCUUUUUUAUUAUUUGUACUUUGUAAUUUCAAAACAGUUAUUAAUAAUUAAUGUAUUUUAAUAAUUACGCCUGUCUGAUCGACAGCCGUCCAAUUAUGUGUGUUUGUUAUAGUUUCCAUGUAUUUUAUUUUAUUUAACAAAACGUAAUCAUUUCUGUAACAAAUAAAGUGUAAGGAGUAAAUAGUCUGUUAUUGGCGACAUCACCAGUAUUAAUGACAUAAUAGGCACAAAUUUUUCAUUUUUUGCGAUUUUUGAGAUUAUUGUUGCCCAAAUACUGUAUGAUACAAUUUAACAUGCGAUAUUUUACCGUUCAUAAUUGGAACUUGCCCGGUAAUGUAAUUAGUUUGAAGAACAAUAAAUCUUUAAUGAAUCGUUUUAUAAUUUUACGAGCCCUAGCAUUAGUCUGGAGGAGUCGCCGACAACGAACGGUAUAAAUUAAUAGAAUAGAUUAAAAAUAAAACUUUUUUAUCGAACACCAAUCUCCAAUAUAGAUAUUUUUCUAAAAUACAAAAGGAAAUUUAUAAUAAAUGCCACGAUUCCAGAAAACCUAGAGAUGUCACAUGAUUUUCAUACAGUAUUUAUUCAAUAUGACUUUCAAUUAUUUUCUAUAAUAUGUACUGGGUGAAAUUAAAGUUAUUAGUGUGGGAUUAUUCUAAAAGUGGACAUUUUUCUUAGUGAAAUAAUUUUAAAAAUAAAUAGUGUUUAUACUAACCCUGGUCAUGCCGUGUUUAUAUGGGAGGCUUGCAGGUUAUUAGUUUUAUUUACACAUUUUUUACUGGUAAAAAAGAUUUCACCCAGUAUAUAAUUGUCAUAAUACUGUAUUUUAUCGAAUAUGUGAAUUUUGACUGAAUCAUUAAUGUUCAUUCCAUGCGACGUCUUUGCAUUUUGUGAAUUUUAAUCAUUGACAAUGAAAAGAAGGUUAAGUAAAGGUCGUGCAAUGCGAAGCCGCCUUCGGCCAUUCGUGAAGCAUUGUUUUUAUACUUUACUAAAGAAGCAUUUGUUACACUGAUAUCAUAUACGGUUCCAACAAUGGUUGUAUGUUAGCAGUGUUUAAUAAUGUGUUUGCAUGUCUCAGAUAUAUAUAUAAUUUAAUUGGUGGUUUACUUUCCUUCUGUUAUCAAAUAUAGAAUCAAUUUCAUUAUUUUAUUUUAGCCAACAUCUAUUUUCUCUCUAUGUAUGUAAUCAAAGGCGAACCCGGAGAGACGUCAUCAUUUAUGAAUGUCAUGAAAUUAUAGAUCAUUUAUUGAAUGUAUAUUUUUAGUGUGCAUACAUUGCAUGAGUUUGUACACGAUCGUGAAUUGUAAGUCGUGCCCCAGUCAUCUCUCGGUACGCCUUAGGAUGCAAUAUAAAAAAGAGAGAUGAGUUAUUAAAAUUCGUCAUUAUAUUUAACAAUUGUAAUUUAUUAAUGAUUUAACAAGUGUAUUCGAAUUGAAUACUAACAAUGUUAGACAUUCGAUCAAGAUUUAUACGAAUUGAAUAUGAUAAUUUUAAUAAUGUAAUUAAAACUUAUUGAGUUAAUAUUUUUAUAAUCUGAAAUUAUUUUCUUAAUGUUUGUCUUGAAAUAUUAUUGGAUUUACUAUAAUUCUUUUGUGUCAGUAAGUAGAUAUAGGUGUAUAUUGCAUUGAAACAAUAAAUAUAAGAAUAAAUUAA